UGACCACCAGCCGUAUUCUUACUUUAUUUAGUAUUUCCUGUGUCUGCUUUUUGUCGCAUUAUCCUAAUACUGUUGCCACUGUUUGCUUAUUUCCCUCCAAAUACCAACUAAAACAGUUGCUCCAAAGCUCUCCGCUUCCAUUGUGUGAGAGAUAGUAAAUAUCUGACACUGCCAGACAACCACAACUCACUUGUGUCCUCGCGGAGAAAAAGCGCUAAAUUCAGCCUCGGUGAUACUUCGUAGUAAUGGCUCGUACCAAGCAGACCGCCCGUAAGUCCACUGGAGGAAAGGCUCCUCGUAAGCAGCUGGCCACCAAGGCUGCCCGCAAGAGUGCCCCCUCUACUGGUGGCGUCAAGAAGCCCCAUCGUUACAGGCCCGGCACCGUGGCUUUGAGAGAGAUCCGUCGGUACCAGAAGUCCACUGAGCUGCUGAUCCGCAAACUGCCCUUCCAGCGCCUGGUGAGGGAGAUUGCUCAGGACUUCAAGACCGAUCUGCGUUUUCAGAGCGCUGCCAUUGGGGCCCUGCAGGAGGCCAGCGAGGCUUACCUGGUGGGUCUGUUCGAGGACACCAACCUGUGUGCCAUCCAUGCCAAGCGUGUCACCAUCAUGCCCAAAGACAUCCAGCUGGCACGUCGCAUUCGCGGGGAGCGUGCUUAGAUGACCCUCCCCGAUAUUUCACCUCUGUCCUGUUUUUUCUUAACCUGUCCCUGCGCUUACUCCUUUUAUUUUACUCCAACCCUUCUCCCUCCCCUGCCUGCCCAGCUUCUCAGUAGACUUUAGUGUAAUCCUGAUUCUGAAGAGAUAGAAAUAUGUUGAAGUCUGGGCUCAUGGGUCUUCACCAAAUGUUUUUUAUUUUUUAUUUUUAGGGUACCUUUUUCGUGCAUGUAAAAAGUUUUGCAGAUCAGACGCACAUGUGCACACAUAACUCAAACAUGCGUCGCUGAGUUUGGGAAGCCCACCCCCAUUGAGCUCUCCUGGAUUCUUCCAGGGUGGGAGGCCAGCAGGUGAGGUCAGUGAGGCAAAACCGAGCCCAGGCAGAGGGACGUGGACGAGGGGCUAGUCUGCUUAAGGGGAGCUGCAACUUCCACAGCAGGGUGCUAUUAAAGCUAGUCCCGAGGCCUCUACCCCGACUGAACACCCUCCUUUACGCCCGACUCCUCGCUCUGCAGCCAGGCAGCUCGCUGUACCUCUUCACCUCUGUAAUCCGCACUGGGAAGCGGAUGGCGCUCUGUUGGUCUGUUUGUGUGGAUGAGUGAGCUCUGAUCUUUCAAACUACUUGUACUCAACAAACAAGUCUCUCUUUUUUUUUUGGUUGCUUAAAAAUAUUGAUUAUCGUUGUGGAUAUGGUGUCUAUUUUUUUUUAAUGCAUAUAGUUUACGGAUGAGCAUCUCUUCUCUUUACCACUUCCAAAAUCCAAAAAGAGAGAAAAACAAUUAAUAUUGCCAACAUGGUUAUCUUUAUUUUUUUGCAGUGAUCUGAUCUGCUAUAGGAAAUCAGGAAGGGCUUCUCUAUUUUCAAAAGCAACUUCUAUUCUAAUGGCAGCCACACGGGGGCGAUGGUUUACCGUCUCCUCUAUUCAAUUGUUCACUGUCGAUCAUUCAUCACACAGUAUGCUGCUGUCUCUGUCUUCAUGUCCACAGAUAGGCUUGUCACAACAGUAUGAAUUGAUAUUAUAGUGCAAGUUACCCUCUGCAUGUUUAGGGUCUCUGUCUCCUGCUCUCUGUAGAUCUGAUCAUAUAAUCUGUCCCUUUUCUCAAAAUUUGUGAUACACAAUAUAACCUCAUAUUUGUUUUAUUUGAUAUUUUUCUUAUUCCUCGAGAUUUUCAGACGUAUAAAUAAGACGAUCUUUGUAUUUUCCAAAUUUCUCAUAUUAUGGUGGUAAUAAAUAGGUGUUAAAACAAA